CUUUAUUUAUCAAACGAAUAAUGUCACAAUCAUCAACACCGAUUCAUCAUCGUCAUCUUCAACUCGGUCUUCUCCUUUCUGCCGACAUCUAACCUUUGUCUCAAGAUUCGAAGAAAAAUCUAUUUGCUUUGUCGGAAGGGGAAGGAAAGUUUGCGACUUUGACUGGUUCUGAUGAAGCUUCGACAAACCCUGAAUUGAUUUGGUCUCUUUCCUAUUGAGAUUUUGAAGGGUUGAAGAAGAAGAAGAAGAAGAAGAAGAAGGCAAGAACAUAAAUGGGUUGUGCUGGAUCAACACAGUCGCAAGGAGAAGGGUCAGUGAAGAAAAUUAGGAAGCCAAAACCGUGGAAACAUACUCAACCGAUUACUAAAGCUGAGCUUAUGAAACUGAGGGAAGAGUUUUGGGACACUGCUCCUCACUAUGGCGGUAGGAAAGAGAUAUGGGACGCACUUCGAGCUGCUGCUGAAGCUGAUAUAUCUCUUGCGCAAGCAAUCGUGGACAGCGCAGGGGUCAUUGUUCAGAACAAUGAUCUCACUGUCUGCUAUGACGAGAGAGGUGCUAAGUAUGAGCUACCUAAGUAUGUUCUAAGCGAGCCUACAAACUUGGUGGAAGACAAUUGAUUUUUAAGAGAUCAAGAACAUUUCGAAAAGACGAGACAAAUGUAAAUCUUGUGUUGUGUAAGUAGUUCACAUUAGGAUUCUCUGCUUUCGUCUAUUUAACGCUUUGAAAAAAUGAUUCCCACUUUUCUCUCCACCUCUCUCUCUGACUUGUUGUACCUAAGAACGCAGAUUGUUACCGAAAUGCUAAAGACAAGUCUUUUGGUUUCA